GCUUCUUCGUAUCCGACAUUGGUCACAAAAAAUUAUCUCCUUUUCGAGCACAAGGUACAAAUGUUCUACUUCCAAUGUUACAAGAUCCACGCCGAUUUUAUCUCCAUUUUCACGAGAACGUUAGCCAUCGUGGAGAAGAUAGAUAAUUAAGGACGAUCCUUAGGAAGAUCUUAAUCGGAUUCACCGAGACUCGCGCCGAUAUGCAUUUCAAAUCGUCGACCGAAUCCGAGAUUUCGGUAAAUCCAAUUCCGGGAAUCUUUUUACGAUUGUAGGGCAGUCUAAGAGAGUUCAAUUCAUCUCUUCAGGAGUCCCGACGUUUUAAACGUCGAACGUUUUAUGGAUCUUGCUCGUUUUUCAGGGGCCAACAUCAACUUUCCACUCUUCUCUUCUAAAGAUCUCGCUGACCCGGAAAUCGGAACGAAUUUCCAAAAUAAAAGAAAUAUCCAGAGUAAGCGUACACCCUCUUCAUCUUCGAUUCACCUCUCUCGAAACUCCGAGUUUCGAAAGUUCCGCUCGAACAAUCUUUUAUUUCGUUUUCCGAUCUUCACUUUCGUGUAUAAUAAUAACUUUCGAGUGUACAAGGGAGAAAGAGAGAUAAACACGCGUCAUAUCUGUCGAAAUAAUUACGUGGUAAUGUUGUUAUUCCUUGGAGUAUUUAUAUCCGGAAACGAGUGUUCGCGAUAGAUAAAUGGAACUCUCGUGUUUUGCCACAGUUCUUAAGGGGGCUGCUUCGAGAGCGUGUCGAACACAACACCGCGGUUAUAUCUCGUUCCUAAAAUAUUUCUAUCAUCGGCGAAAAAAUAACGGUAGAUCGAUGGGCGGACUUCUCGAAUUUAUUGGGAAUCGAAUGCUGACUUAUCGGGAAUUUUAUCGGUUCGAUAAGUUGGUUUGCGAGAAGGACGAGAUUCGUCCCGGAAUUCCGCAGCAUCGACGGAGCAAACGUACGCCAGACUGACUUGACUUUCGAGUUAUCGCCGCGGAAGUGCGAUCGUUUCACGGCUGACGGAAUGACGUCGGCCUCCGUCGCAUCGUCGUCGUUGACGCAGCCAUCCCUCGUCUGUCCCCCGAUUCUCGAUAGAAUACGUGGAACGCGCGCUUAACCAGCGAUAACUGCGAUCCAAAACCGGUCAAACAAUCGAGAAAUUCCUCUCGUGGCGAUCCAUCUUUCCUGAAGUGAUCGAUCACAGACAGAUUUCUGAUCCUCGAACCAACGAAAAAUCUCCACGACGCGGGAAAGAAGAAGAAAUUGAUAUUUCAGAAAUUUCUUGGAGAAAUUUCUUUUCUUUCUCGAGGAAUUUAAUAAACAAUAUACAGAGAACAAGAUGAACACGACGAUAACAAGCACGAUAACGAGCGUGAUAAACGGGACGAGUAUCGAUUACUCUCAGAAUCAUGAGGACUCGACGAUCCAGAACUGCGAGGCCGAUCUGCCGAUCAUUUCGUUGGUCAACCAGAUCCUUUACUCUAUCGUGUGUAUCGUCGGCCUCCUCGGCAACACGCUCGUCAUCUACGUGGUGUUGCGAUUCUCGAAAAUGCAAACCGUGACGAACAUGUACAUCGUGAACCUGGCUAUUGCGGACGAGUGUUUCCUAAUAGGUAUACCGUUCCUCGUCACAACGAUGAGCCUACGCAGUUGGAUAUUCGGGAAGAUAAUGUGCAAAGCGUACAUGACCACAACAAGUAUCAACCAGUUCACGAGCAGCAUAUUCCUGUUCAUCAUGAGCGCUGAUCGUUACAUAGCCGUCUGCCAUCCGAUCUCCUCCCCGAAGAUUCGAACGCCGUUCAUCUCGAAGGUUGUCUCGUUGACGGCCUGGGCAACCAGCGCUCUCUUCAUGAUACCCAUAUUCCUGUACGCGAACGCCAUGGAAUCGGAGAAAGGGAUCAACUGCAACAUCUAUUGGCCCAACGAUCGCGGUGGCCACACCACCUUCACCUUGUACACGUUCAUCUUAGGCUUCGCCAUCCCGUUGAUCCUGAUACUGAUCUUCUACUUCCUGGUGAUCAGGAAAUUGCAAACGGUCGGGCCGAAGAACAAGUCGAAGGAGAAGAAACGAUCUCAUCGCAAAGUGACGAAACUCGUGCUCACCGUGAUCACGGUGUACGUUCUGUGCUGGCUGCCUUAUUGGCUGAUGCAGGUGGCCCUCAUCUACACCCCGCCCAAACAAUGUCAGAGCAAGAUCACCAUCACAAGCUUCCUGCUCGCCGGUUUCCUCAGUUACAGCAACAGCGCGAUGAACCCGAUCCUGUACGCGUUUCUCAGCGAUAAUUUUAAAAAAAGUUUCUUGAAGGCGUGUACCUGCGCCGCCGGCAAGGACGUGAACGCCACGCUGCACAUCGAGAACAGCGUGUUUCCCCGUAGGAACAAGGCGAACGCGGACAGGCUUCAGUCGAAUCGGUUGGUCGUAUCCGGCCAGUCGAGGCUCGAGUUGGAGGACGAGGACGCGGAGAGGGGGCUGUUGAUCAGCAAAACUUCGACGACCACGGUGACCAUGACGUCACGAUCGAACAUCACCAUAGGCAAUGAGCCGAAGGAGCAGAAGGAAAAAGACGCGUUGAAGAACGGGGUGCAGCUCACGUUGUUGACUCAAGUGUAGAUGGAGGGGAUGUGUGGGUGAAGGGGAACGACGAUUCAACCAAGACAACGGUCUGAUAAACGGGGAGGCCUGUUUUCUCCUCCUCGUCGCGGUGGACCAAUGAGCCUAGGAUUCAUCGCGCGUGGAGAAAGAAUCCCUCGUUGAGGAAAAGGGAGAUCGAUUUGAUUUUUUCUUUUUUUUAAGAGGAGUUUUAAUAUCGUAUGAAGGAUUUUUAUUAUAUCAUCGAAUUUUCAUUCGCAUUUGUCCUCGCGAUCGCGGUACCAAAAGUUUUCUCUGAGCGUUAAUCGACCUGUAAAUGUCCGUUUCCCGUAUUUAUUUUUUUUUCGAGUAAAAAGACGCAGAAAAUGGGAGGAAGAAAUCGGUUGAGAAAUGAAACGAAGCGUUUCUUGACCCGAGCCGUUACUCUUCGAUGGAGAUAUAGGUCAAGAGCAAUAUGGGUAUACGUUUCGUGUAACUUUGCCAAGAACAUCAAAGUUCUCGAUAUCCAUAAAUGCAGAGAUAUUGGGCGAACUAACCUCUUUUGGAAGAAGCUGAAGAGACUAAUCUCCUUACAGGAAACCAUCGUUCAUGGAUCGAGCAUGAACGUUAAUUGGAAAGUACAGUCAUCCCCCAAUUUGCUUAAAUUGUUUCGAAUUUUAAUCGUAUCUUCUCAUUUGUGUAUCCGUUAACAACACGAACGUUGUUCCAGUGAAAAUAUAUUGUCACAAUAUCCGUAUAAAUCACGUAAGAACGUGAGAAGACAAUUUAUCUUCUCUAUUUAUAUUUUCUUGAUUUAAAUGGAAUCAAUUGUAUAUUAAAUACGUGAGUUUGGGGGAUGAUUUGUAUUAAUACAUCGAUGUAUACAGUUUUGGAGAAUCGAUUCUUGGAGAAACGAAAAAGAAAGAUUGGAAUACAAAAAUUUCCAUCCGAUCAAUGAAAUAUUACUUGACAUUUUUGUGUAUCAACUCCAAGAUCGAUCUUCCAAAGCUGUGUUUUUACGAAUGCAUUGCGCACACUUCGUAUAUAAAUUAACCAAGAAAAAAAAGAUAUAUCUUGUACAUACCAUUACACGAUUAUCAACGCAAUCAUCGAUCGUUUCAACGAAGAGGAAGCGAACGAUUCCUGGUGCCAAGAAGAAGAAAAAAAAAACGGAGUCACGUUUCGAAAUAAGAGACGUGGUGUCUUAUCAACGACGCACCUUUUCACGAGGAAUUCUAUUCGAUCCACGAGUCAGAAAAAAAAAAAGAUCAACACGUCACAUCCACGAGGGGAGGAACGAAUUCUCUUCGGGGACAAAACGCGGCUCGCAUAACAUUUCUUCUCCUUAUUUUCCUUGUCCUUCCUCCAUUAUUUCCACUCGCUCGACCCUCCUCCUCCUCCUCCUCCACUCUCCUCGUGACAAGGAGGAAAUCGUGGCGGGGAUCGAGAUCAAAUUGUUUCCGAGACUCUCGAGAAUAUAUCUCGCGAGCGAUCUCGAGAGGUUUGCGGCCGCGUUUCGGGUAUUUUAUCGGCGUGUUUCGGAUCGAUUUAGUUGGCGGAAGAUGAAAUUCGUAUGUAAAUCAUGGGACGAAGGAAGCGAAUAUUCAACAAGGCGUUACGAGGAAUUUAUCGGUAUUAAGUUAGGAAUUAUUAAGUCGCGAAUCGAAUUCCUGAAACGGAGGAUCAAUGUAUCAAUAUUGCAUCGAAAUGAACACCAAAAGAAAAAAAAAAAAGAAAAAAAAUGAGGUUUAUUUAUUUGAUUUAUUGGUGUUGUCGUUUAGAUUAGAUAGAGAAUUGUGAUUCUUAUUUGACUUGAUGAAAGUUUAAAAGAAAAUUCGUGUGUAUUAACACCAAUAAUAAUUAGGUUGUCCGAAAAUAAAAAUAAAAAUUUUGAGAAUUAUUGAUUUAAUUAACUAGUUAUUUUUUUUUUUAAUUAACUAGUUAUAAAAAAAAUUGUUUUGCAAGGAAGACAUAUAUGGUAUAAAUACUUUUAAAAAUACUUUUGUACAAAUCUGAAGCGACACAGCUUUAGAUUGAGAAAGCUGUAUAAAUUUUGAAGAUCUUUAUUUCGAGUAUUAAAGUAUUGCAUGAUUACUUUCUGGACAACCUAAUAAAUCAUUUCACGAGAAUUGAGUGAAUUCGAUCAACUUUAUGACUGUCAAUUGUCUUAUGAGAGAACAAGAAAAAAAAGAGAAUCGUAUCAAUUUUCUGUACCUACAUAAGUCGUGUAAUGUAAAAUAAAUUAAUUAGCGCAUAAAUGUAUAAAGUCUUGAGAAUUUGUAUUCGCAAGUGAUACGUUGAAAAAUCGAAAGAAAAGAAUCGCAAGAAAGAUCCAUCGUGUUUUGAAGAACAAGAAUCAUUGCACGUUUGAUUUUUAUAAAGAAAGAUCCACGAGAAAUAAAUAAAUGGUAAUCAUGACGUUGCCGAGCGUCAUUCAAUGCGAUUCUUCCCGUUAAUUUCAAUAUUUUAUACAAAUGAAUACAGACGAUAAUAUAAAAAAUGGAAUUAAAAAGAGAAUUCUUAUAUUCGUCGUCGUUAACGUUAGAAAUUUCCUUUGAAAAUUAAUUUCAAAAAAUGGUAUUACAACAACUGAUAUUUCUCAACAAAUUAAUAUAAUAUCGAAUAUUGGUGCCAACAUUGGUAUCAUUAAUUUCCAUAUUUCCAAUUUGCCAUUAUUAAAUUUUCGAAAUAAAUUCACAAACGUGACCGCUUCAAAUUUUCAAUUCAUUUCAAUUUUCAACGCGCAACAAUAAAUUAUCGAAACGAUGUAGACAUUAAUAUAUCUCAAAUUUUCCAAAUUCCAUUUUAUUUUAAUUAUUAAAUUACCAAUACGUUGAUAACAAAUUCAUCAAAAGUACAUUGUGCUGUUCGAAACACUGAAUGAUUCCUAUUGGAACCAAGGAAUCCAAUACGUCGAGAACAACGAUCGAGCCACGGUAACUUAAACAACUGAGCCUAAGCUUCCAUUCUGAAAACUCUGGUUAUUACACAAAGGCGGGCGUCAAAGAAGACUUAAGACUGUUUAAACGAUCGGAUCGGUCGUAAAACGGGCUUUCAACGUAUCACGUGCGAGCACAGUUUGUUUCGACUCGCUAAUUUCAGUCGACACACUGCAAGGAAACACAUUGUAAGGAACGAAGCAUCACAUGGUGUGUUUCUUCGCGAUAUUUCAAAAAAAAAAGCUGUAAAAAUGUUGCUGUAAAAAAUAAUUAUUUCGAACUGUCGGAACGAAUGAGGGAAAGAAUCUUGAGACUUGUUCUCGUAACUGUGUGGUGAGAAUGAGAGAACGACGAGAAAAUGUUUCUUGUUUUCUUUUUUUUUUUUUUAAUUAUCUAUUUUUUUAGAUUAUUGGAUCGUCGAUACGAAAGGGUUGAACAAUACGAGAAGUGAAACGAACAAUGAUGAUGGUUGUCGAUAUUUAAUUGUAUCGAAUUGAAUGAAUAUUUUUGAAAAAUUUAAAA